CUGAUAGACAGCACUGACUGGCAUCACUGCUGGGCACUGACUGGCGGCACUGACUGGCACAACCGCUGGACACUGACUGGUGGCAGUGACUGGCAGCACUGCUGGGCUGCACUGGUGGGUGGCACUGGUGGGCAGCACUGGUGGGUGGGCACAGGUGGGUGGCACUGGUGGGCACAGGUGGGUGGCACUGGUGGGCACAGGUGGGUGGGCACAGGUGGGUGGCACUGCUGGGCACAGGUAGGUGGCACUUCUGGGCACAGGUGGGCGGAACUUGCUGAUGCCACUGCUGGGCACCGAUCAUCAGGGCACUGAUCAUCAGUGCCCUGAUGAUCGGUGCCGAUCCUCGCUCUGACAACUGCCGGUUCUCGGCAGUACUUUCCUCACGAUCUGACAGCGUGAGGAAAGUGCAGCCGAGAACCGGCACUUGCAU